CAGAGACAGAUGCGCACGUUGCCUCUCUCUUUCACACAAGCGCGCACACACAUGCUCACGUAAGGAGACGGCAACUUUCCUCUAUCGGACUGACACAAUACACACCUCUUGCUACACUGGAGGAAGAGGAUAAGGAGUGACAGAUCAGGAAAAAGCAGGCAAUAAAGAGGAGGUUCCCAGGUGAAGAGGAGGAUCGUGCUGACAUUUCAUCUUCUCCAAGAUGGCAAACCUUGUGACAUCGCUGUGCUGUGUAGUUUUGGCCGCAGUGGUGGUAGCCUACGCGCAGAGACGCAGUCAGCUUGUUGCCAGGAACCAGUAUGAGCGAAUGGGCAGUGAUGUCACCAUGCAGUGUGGCUCCUUGGACAAUGAUGCGUCGGUGUCAUGGAAGGUGAACGGGACGGACGUGAAGGCCCAGCACCGUCUUGAAGGACCCAGACUGAUACUAACCCAAGUGGACCUGGGCCACAAUGGACUCUACAGCUGCUUUCAGAACCCAAAUGGAGAGAGACGUGACACCAUCAACCUCCGCAUCGGCAUUUCCCCUCGGGACCCACAAGUCUCCUGUAGAUCCAAUACAUAUCCCAAAGGCUUCUACUGCAGCUGGCACCAGCAGCACUCAACCUACAUCCCCACUACUUUUGAAGUGGACGUUCAACAUAACCAGCGUUCACUGGAGGUACAGAAAGAUUCCAUCCAUAAGAAUCGCUGCCAUGUACGUUUUCCAGAGGUGUUCUCCAUCUUCCCGUACAAAGUCAACGUGACUGCAAUCAACGCUUUGGGGAAAGCCUCUAACACAAUCUCUUUUGAGGAGUCCACUAUAGUCAAACCAGACCCCCCUGAGCGUGUGACAGCAACUCCGAUCCGUUACAAUCCUCGUCGGCUGGAGGUAUCCUGGCAGAGUCCUGCGACCUGGCCCGACAUCGACAACUUCCCUCUGAAAUACUUUCUUCGCUACCGCCCUCUCAUCAGGGAGCAGUGGCAGCAUGUGGAACUAUCUGAAAGCACUUCUCACACCAUCACCGACGCCUAUGCUGGGAAGGAAUACAUCAUCCAGGUUGCUGCCAAAGACACAGAGAUCGGAACAUGGAGUGACUGGAGUGUUGCCGUGCACGCUACACCUUGGAUUGAAGAACCGGUGCAGACCACCUCCACAACCGAUGUGGAGUAUCUCACACAGACUAAGACUUCACCCAUACCUUCGUCCAACGCACCACAAAAGGCUGAACCUCCGGUGGGCAGGGCUGCCAAACUUCUCACCUUCUUCUCGCCUCUUCUGUUAGGGAUGCUGCUGCUGUUCAUGUAAUGUAAAUAUCUUACAGCUGAAAGGAGAAGAGGAGGAGGAGAAGGAGGAAGAAGAAAAAGAAGAGGCUGGAUCUUUGUUUUCUGUUUUGCACAAGUCCCAGGGAUACAGUGCAUCGAUCAUUUCUGUCAGUCAUACACUUACUUGCCAAGAUUACUUGGACAAUGUCCUACGCAGCAUUUUCAAUUAAUGGUUACACGUAAAUUCUUCAGAGGAGCUGUUUUGGCCAUAGCGUCUUCUUCAUCGUCUUCAUCAGCAGCAACAAAAGGAGCUUCGCUGCAAACAGUCGUCUAACAGCAGCUGCUGGCUUUAAUUUCAUUUGUUUGGCUGGUAACAGUAUUGACUAUCUUCUCUGCUUUUUUUGGGGGGGGGGUAUCUAUUCACUGAAUUUAAAUUUUUGUGUGUGUGAAUAUACAGCAGCAUUCACACCAAAACGCGCACACAAGUCGAGCGUGUGAGCAUGUGUUUGUGCCCAGUUGCUGUCCCAGUGCCCCAUGCAGCUAAAUCGUCAUGCCAAAGACUCAACUACUCCCUCUUGCAGUCAAAUGGUGCCCAAAACGUGCAGAUUUGAUUGAUUUGAAAAGCAUAAUAACUUGUGAUCACAUAAUCAAGGAGGAAUCCUGCAGAGGCCACAAAAAUAAUCAAUGCCACAAAAACAAUCAAUGACACUUGGAAGAGUUCAGUAACAAAAGUCUGGUUUAUUUAGACAAUUAGCUUGCAACCGUCAAGAAGGACUUUGAUUGUAUAAAAACAAACCAACAAAACAAAGAUAUCUAUAUAUGUAAUAAAGUCUAAAGAUUCCCAACUAUUUUUUUUUUUUUUUUUUUUUUGACAAAGACAAAGCUGUUUUUGGGAGGCAUGGGUGGCUGUAAAAUAACACAAAUCACUUUGUAUUCAAAGACGCCUUCACAUACAUAGAACAUGUCUUUUUGCAGUUUUCAGUAGCCAUGAUAAACUGUUGGUAUUAUGUUAUUCCGAUGAGUACUGAUGUGUUUUAUUGUGUUUUUAUAUGUAUUUUAUGGAGAAACAACUACAAAAACACACAUAUAGGGUUUUAGUUCUUCUGUUUCUGGCUUCUUUUUUUUAAUCUGACAUUCAUAAUGGCUUACUGUAUUUCUCUGAUCCUAUUUUGUAAACUAUGAUAUGUAACUUUAACAUUGAACAAAAGUUUAUUAUUUAAUAAUAAUAAAAAAAUAAUAAGUAUGUAUUAGCAGUAGAAUGUCGUAACCUGUACCUGGGGUCUUUUUUAUAGCUGUAUAUACAAUGACAGGUUUCAACCAUUAAAUGUGACCAUUUCACAAUGAA